GGAUAGAUCCUUAGGCUGUGUUGAGGAGAAAAAGCUUGUUUUUAUGUGGAUGUAGAUAUCUUAAAUGUUUGUUAAAAGCCCAAACAAUAAGGAUGUCUGUGAGAAACUUGAGCUAUAAGUAGUUCUGGACGCUAGUUGAGACGAAGAUAAACGUGGUAUCCUUUUUUACUUCCAGAUGAGUCACUACACUAUCUGCAAAAUGGCUGAUAAUUUGGAUGAGUUUAUUGAAGAGCGAAAAGCCAAACUGGCCAAAGACAAGGCAGAAUUGGAAAGUGAUCCACCUUAUAUGGAAAUGAAGGGAAAGGCAUCAGAGAAGCUUUCUGAAAACAGUAAAAUUUUAAUCUCCAUGGCUAAGGAAAACAUACCACCAAACAGUCAACAGACCAGGAAUUCUUUAGGAAUUGAUUAUGGAUUAAGUUUACCCCUUGGGGAAGAUUAUGAACGUAAGAAACAUAAACUAAAAGAAGAAUUGAGGCAGGAUUACAGACGUUAUCUUACUCAGGGUAUUACACAAGCAAAAAGAAAGAAAAAUUUUCUGUCCACGAGUGAAACAGAUCCAUCUACCCUGGGAGUUUCUCUUCCUAUUGGUGAGAGGCUAUCUGCCAAGGAAAGUUUGAAACUUGAACGCAAUAAAGAAUACAAUCAAUUUCUCAGGGGUAAAGAAGAAUCUACUGACAAGUUCAGACAGGUAGAAAAGAGUAGUACUGAGCACAAGAAUCAAAGAAAUAAAAAACUUAUUGGUCAGGUUAAGCCUGAUUUACCCUCACAAAUACAAACAUCUUAUGAAAAUUUAGAGGGUCCUAGAAGAAAUGUCUUAUUAACUCCUUCGGAGGCAUAUGAAGAGCUUCUAAACCAAAGAAGACUAGAGGAGGACAGAUACCGACAACUAGAUGAUGAAAUUGAAUUAAGGAAUAGAAGACUCAUUAAAAAAACUAAUGAAGACGUGGACAUUUCCAAUAAAAAACCUGAAAGGUUUGCCAACAAAGCUGACAUUCCAGAUAGAAGAUUUCACAGGUUUAAUGAGGAUCGUGUUUUUGAUAGACAGUAUUACAAACCUGAUCAAGAUCCUGAAGUAAGUGAAGAAAUGGACGAGAGGUUUAGAUAUGAAAGUGAUUUUGAUAGAAGACUUUUGAGAGUGUAUACAAAUGACAGGAUGUACGGGAACAGACGAGGGGAUGUACCUCCCAUGGAGCAUGGUGAUGUCACAGAACAGUCAAACACAUGCAUUUCAUCUGCUGGAAAUAAAAGUGCUCGAGACAAUGAACCAUCCAAAUCUAACAGAGAGCUCUGUAGUCCUUUUGCAGGAAUGCUCUUUGGAAGUGAAGAUAGAGAACUUAUUCAGAAAAGGAAAGAGAAAUACAGACUAGAACUGUUGGAACAGAUGGCUGAACAACAGAAGAAUAAGAGACGAGAAAAAGAUAUGGGACUCAGUGUUGCAGCUUCUGGAGUACGAGACCCUGAGAAAUCACCUGAUAGACUAAAGCAGUUUAGUGUGGCACCAAGACGUUUUGAAGAGACGAUACCACCUGAAAGACCCAGAGUAGCUUUCCAGACACCUCUCCCUCCUUUAUCUGCCCCAUCUGCCCCACUCAUCCCAUCAAUUCACUCCACCCCAUCUCAGAAUGAAGAUUUGCUCAGUGGACCCAACUGCACCCUUGGUGAAAUGGUGCCUCCCAGGAUUGCACCUCUGCCUCCUCCUCCCCUACUGCCACCUAUAGCUACUAACUAUCGGACUCCUUAUGAUGAUGCAUACUAUUUUUAUGGGGCCAGGAAUAAUUUGGAUCCCAGUCUUGCUUAUUAUGGUUCAGGAAUGAUGGGAGUACAGCCUACAGCUUAUGUUAGUGCUCCUGUCACCCACCAGCCAGCACAGCCUAUUAUGAAUGUGAUUGGACAGAAUGAACUGAAAAUUACAAGUGAUCGAGCAAUAAAUUCAGGAUUGUUUUUUGAAGAUAAACCAAAGCCUUCAAAACAGUCACUUCAGUCUUACCAAGAAGCUUUGCAGCAACAGAUUCGGGAAAGAGAAGAAAGAAGGAAGAGAGAACGUGAAGAAAAAGAAGAAUAUGAAGCUAAAUUAGAAGCUGAAAUGAGAAGUUACAACCCCUGGGGAAAAGGUGGAGGUGGUGCUCCUCUGAGAGAUGCAAAAGGAAAUCUGAUAACUGAUUUGAAUAGGAUGCACAGACAAAAUAUAGAUGCCUACCAUAACCCAGAUGCAAGAACAUAUGAAGAUAAAAGGGCUGUUGUAUCUCUAGACCAAAAUUUAGCCACCUCAAAUGCUGAGAACCUAGAAGAUUCUACAAAUAAAAACUCAGGUUAUAUGCAAACGCAGAGCUCUCCUUUUGCUCGGGGAAAUAUAUUUUGUGAGCCUCCAACUGAACUUCAGAUUAAACAGCAAGAAUUAUACAAGAAUUUUCUUCGUUUUCAGAUUGAGGAAAAGAAACAAAGAGAGGAAGCGGAGAGAGAGAGACUGAGAAUUGCAGAAGAAAAAGAAGAAAAACGGCUUGCAGAACAGAGAGCGCGAAUUCAGCAAGAGUAUGAAGAGGAACAGGAAAAGAAAAGGGAGAAAGAGGAAGAGCAAAGGCUAAAAAAUGAAGAGCUUAUUCGGUUAGCUGAAGAAAGACGAAAAGAAGCAGAAAGAAAGAAGAAAGAAGAGGAAGAAAAACAUAAUCUGCAGCUUCAACACUACUAUGCAAGAGAAAAUAUAAUCGGGGAAGAAACAAAGCGCUUGAGACCGCCUUCUCCUGUAGUUCCUGCUCUUCAGAACAAAAUUGCAAGCAGACUUCAAAGACCUCCUUCAGUUGACAGCAUUAUAAGUUCCUUUAUUCAGGAAAGUUCCAUAUCCAGGGCACAGUCUCCUCCAGUACCUGCCAGGAGAAACCAGCUCCGUGCAGAAGAGGAGAAAAAAAAUGUAAUUAUGGAGUUAUCAGAAAUGAGAAAACAGCUUCGUAGUGAAGAACGGCGUCUACAAGGGCGGUUGCUACACAUUGACAGUGAUGAUGAAAUUCAUAUAAGGAAAAGAGAAAGGAAUCCCAUGGAUAUAUUUGACAUGGCUAGGCAUCGGUUACAAGCUCCUGUCAGAAGACAGUCGCCUAAGGGCUUAGAUGUUACUACUUUUCAGAAUAUUCAUGACUUCAAUGAGCUGAAAGAUAGAGAUUCAGAAACACGGGUUGACCUGAAGUUCAUGUACCCAGAUCCUCCAAGAGAUCACCACACCUUAGAGAUCCAGCAGCAAGCCCUGCUAAGAGAGCAGCAGAAGAAACUGAAUAGAAUGAAGAUGCAGGAAGGUGCUGAAGCUGACUUGGAUGCCAUCCCAAGUGCUAAAGUACGGGACCGCAGAAUGCCUAGAGAGGACUCCGAUGAUUUCUUGAAAACUUCAUUAUUGGAAUCUGAUAGUGCUUUUAUUGGUGCUUAUGGCGAGACAUAUCCUGCCAUUGAAGAUGACAUCCUCCCUCCACCGUCCCAGGUGCCCUCUGCAAGGGAGCGCAGGAGGAACAAACAGAAAGGACUGGACUUUGAUAACAGUCAUCCUAAUAUGCCACCAGAUGGUCUCUCUUUAAAAUCUGUGUCCAGUAUAAAUAUUGAUCAGCUUAGGAUGAAAAAUGAGGAACGGAUGCAAAAACUGAAUGAACUUCAGAAUAAACCGAUUAAUACAGACGAUGAGAGUUCACUGGUUGACCCCGAUGACAUGAAGCAUGUAGGGGACGAUGGAUCAAACUCUGUAGCCACUGAGCCCUGGCUCCGCCCAGGCACCUCAGAAACGCUGAAACGGUUCAUGGCUGAGCAGCUGAACCAGGAGCAGCAGCAAGUUCCUGGAAAACCAGGCACUUACAGUUGGCAGGGCCUGUCUACAGCCCAUGGUUAAAAUAAAUCUGUACUGGACCCAGCAGUGCCUUUUAAGGUGAAAGGAAUGUCAAAUCGGAACCUUUAAUAAUACGUGUGCUACUUUUGGCCCUGUUACCAAGUAUCAUCUGUAUAUAAGGUGUUUUUCCCCAUGAUGAUGUAUAAUAAAGCUGUAUAUAUUCUGUACAUAAAUAAAAGGCAAUGAUUAAUUUAUAUAAUGUAUAAUUAUACAGAAUUAUUUUUGCAUAAUUUUGCCAUAAAUUGGGGCGGUAAUGAACUUUUGGAAUCAACUACCAUAUGUGCAUUAUUUUAAAUUCUGCUUGUCCGUAAGAUAAGGUGAAUAAAACAAGUGUCUUAACAAUACUGUAAAACCUGUAUAUGCUUAUAUGUACAUUUGCCAUUGGUAACGCUAUUCAAAAUAAUUCAUUUAAUAAAUACAUUGGUUGUAGCUGAGUAUUUCAGUUGCUAGGUAAUGAAUCAAAUGUGCUAGUUAUUUCCAUGUCUUUUAUAGCUACUCAGUCAGUAUAAAUGAUGGGGCAAUCAUAACUGAUUUUAUUCCCAUAAGCCAUACAUUACAUUUUUUUGCCUCUGUUUAUGCAAAUGAAGGCAUUACAUUUACUAAUUUGUAUGACUUAACUACUCAAUAGAAAUAAAUUAUCUUUUAUUAUCAA